CAACCAUUAUUGUCGACAAUAGAAGUCACGGUACUGGAUUCAAGACUUCUGAAUCUGCAACCUUAGUGGUGAAGGGUGACAAUUUCAUGGCCCAGCAUUUAAGUUUUGAGAAUUCUGCAGGACCUCAAAACGGCCAAGCAGUUGCUGUCCUUGACUACGCGAAACACACGGUUUAUUACGAUUGCAGAUUUUUAAGUUUUCAAGAUACCCUGUAUUCAAGGGGAGAAUGCCAAUUCUUUAGGGAGUGCGACGUCUACGGAACUGUAGACUUCAUUUUUGGAGAUGGACUUGCUGUGUUUCAAGACUGUAACAUAUAUGCUCGGUUACGGAGCGAUGAAAUCACAGUCACCGCACAGUCCAAGGAAAAAUCAGAAUCCCAAAGCGGCUUCUCCUUUCAAAACUGUACUGUCACAGUUUCUCCGAACAUAACUUACAGAAAGGCCGAAGUCAAAAUUUAUCUUGGUCGGCCAUGGAGACAGUACUCAACUGUUGUGUUCAUGGAGUCAUUUUUGGAUGACAACGUGCAACCAGCAGGAUGGAUAUUGUGGGAAGGGGUACCGAUAAACCACCUCUUUUAUGCUGAGUUCAAUAAUCGAGGUCCUGGUGCUAACACAACACACCGAGUUAAUUGGCCAACUUUUCAUGGAUAA